AUGUUGGAUAGCUACAUCCACGACACUGGAAUUAACAUGGCGGCUCCGCAGGUAAUGGAACAAGGACAACAACAACCGGUCCUACACGGACAACAGCAACCGGCGCAUCCUGAAGACUGUAAGGAACACAGAGAUUCCCGGUACCACGUACAGUCUCUUUGGCGGUACCAGCAGUUUGUCCGGAAAAUUGAAGCCACUUAUCUUGCUUGUUAUUCGAACGGUGUAAUCCACAUAGCGAACAUAACAGAAGACCAUUACGGUAAAAUACCACAGACAGUUCAACUUGGACAUUUCGGUAGUAUAGCCAUUUACAGCUACCGGUCCGCUCCGCAAUCAAGGUAUUGUCGGUAGCGCCAGAGGCAUUAAGACCACCCAAACGGCCAUGGACAACGCGGAGAGCACUAGACCUAUGGAAUUACUUCAGACCCGGAACAGAAUAUUGCUGCCAACGGCUUUGGCAAUUGAUUAUCGUAGUCUUUGCUAG